AUGUCAAAUUUUACUCAAAAUUUAAACGCUUUACCAAUUCGACAGCAACACCAGAUCAAUUUCAAGUCUGAUAACGAUAAUCCGUCACAAAAUUCAUAUGUUCGAUUAGAUAAUCAGUAUCCCUCACAGAACAAUCAACAAAUGAAGUUGAAUAAGUACAAAGUGUAUAAACAUCAACCAUUUUCGAAACAAAUUCCACAAUAUGCAAUUCCCGUUCAAUUGGAACAAGAACGCAUUCGUGUUCAAUCCUAUGCAAAUGGUGGCUCGUCUCAAAUACUCGAUCAAACAGCUCCUGGUCAAAAUAAUAUGAACAAUAUUCAUGAUAAAUCGAAUGUCGCAGGGCAAGACGAAGAGCAAAUAGCUCAGAGUAUUCGUCGUGAAAGACAGCGACAAGUAAUUAUAACUAAAAUCAUUCGUCGGUUUGAUGAAGAUGGUAAUGGCGAACUAGAUGAAAAUGAACUUUUUACAAUGGCUUCACAUACAAAUACAUUUUCAAAAUUGUAUAAUUAUUUAAAAGGAACUAAAAAGUGA